UCAAACAAAUCACACAACCAUUACAGAAUAAAAUAAAAACAUAUAAUCACCCAGAAAGCUAAAUAAAAGUUCUCCUUUUUCUUUCCUCACAAAAAAUCUCAGAAGAUGACAAUGAUGAUGAUAUUUCUAUAAAGUAUCCUCUCAGAGAUUCCAUCUUUUCUAUUACAUGGAGAAGAAGAUAGAAGAGGAUCAUCAUCAUCAUCAUCAUCAUCAUCAAGAACAACAAAAGGAGGAGUUCAAAAGUAUCAAGAACACAGAGACGAAGAUCGAGCACCAAGAACUGCAACAACAGAUCUCUCAAGCAUCAUCAUCAUCAUCAUCAUCAUCACACAUGGCGAAUCUAGUCACGUCAUCAGAUCAUCAUCAUCAUCAGUUGGAGCUUGCUGGGAACAACAUCAAUCUCUCAAGCAUCUUCGAUACCCCAAUAUCUUCUUUACCUUUCCCUUAUUCCUAUUUCGAAGAUCACUCCACUAACAAUCCAAACUCUUUCCUCGACUUGCUCCGACAAGAUCAUCAUCAAUUUGCUUCUUCCUCUAACUCAUCUUCUUUUUCAUUCGAUGCCUUUCCUCUCCCAAACAACAACAACAACCUCUUUUUUACGGAUUUGCCCUUGCCUCAUCAUCAGCCUGCAACAACAAAGGCCGAGUCAUCAGAAGUUGUGAACACAACACCGACAUCUCCAAACUCAACCUCAGUCUCAUCUUCCUCCAACGAGGCUGCAAAUGAUAAUAUUAAUAAGGAGGCUACUGUUAAAGAUCAAGAAGAAGGAGAUCAACAGGAUCAAAAGGGUACUAAGCCACAGUUGAAGGCAAAGAAGAAGAACCAGAAGAAAGCUAGAGAAGCUAGGUUUGCGUUUCUGACGAAAAGUGAUAUUGAUAAUCUUGACGACGGUUAUAGGUGGAGAAAGUACGGCCAGAAAGCUGUCAAAAACAGUCCUUAUCCCAGAAGCUAUUAUCGUUGCACCACAGUGGCUUGUGGAGUGAAGAAAAGAGUGGAAAGAUCCUCCGAUGAUCCUUCAAUCGUCAUGACAACCUACGAAGGUCAACACUCACACCCUUUCCCCAUGACUCCACGUGGACACAUCGGAAUGCUCACGUCACCAAUCCUCGACCAUGGUGCAACCACCGCAUCGUCGUCAUCAUUCACUAUUCCUCAGCCACGAUACUUGCUGACUCAUCAGCAUCAUCAGCCCUACAACAGCAUGUACAACAACUCUCUAAGCAUGAUCAAUAGAAGCUCCUCCGAUGGCACUUUCGUAAAUCCAGGGUCAACAUCAUUCCCUGGAUAUGGUUAUGAUAUGUCACAAGCUUCUACUUCAACUUCUUCCUCCAUUAGAGAUCAUGGAUUGCUUCAAGAUAUUCUUCCUUCGCAGAUAAGAUCGGAUACUAUUAACACCCAAACCAAAGAAGAGGAUAAGAAAUGAACAAGUUUUUUUCUUUCUCCGGGGCAAUUGUUUUUUCUUUCUUUUUUUUUGGCCGGAACCAGCUGAUAGGCUUUAUCAUAUAUGAGGAGUUUUUUGCCGGCUAAGAUAAACCGAUAAUUCUGGCUGGCUUUCUAAUGUUCUUUUUUCAUCAAAUAUUAGCAUUUGGUUGUUUGAAUCACCAUGAAACAAACAACCGAUGCUACUUAGGAACAGAGGUUUGUAGUAUAUGUGAUAUAGGUAUAACUUCAUUUUUUGUUUGAGUAUUAAUAAAAAUGUAUCAUUUCUUUUAAGAAUAGUGACAAAGGAGGGUUUAAUCUUUUUUGUUUUUAC